AUGUCAGAGUGUGAGGAGGAGGAGGAUGUCAGAGUGUGUGUAGAGGAGGAGGAGGUUAGAGUGUGUGUAGAGGAGGAGGAGGAGGUCAGAGUGUGUGUAGAGGAGGAGGAGGUCAGAGUGUGUGUAGAGGAGGAGGAGAGGAGGAGGAGGUCAGAGUGUGAGGAGGAGGAGGAGGUCAGAGUGUGUGUAGAGGAGGAGGAGGAGGUCAGAGUGUGUGUAGAGGAGGAGGAGGAGGUCAGAGUGUGUGUAGAGGAGGAGGAGAGUGUGUGUAGAGGAGGAGGAGGAGGUCAGAGUGUGUGUAGAGGAGGAGGAGGUCAGAGUGUGAGGAGGAGGAGGAGGUCAGAGUGUGAGGAGGAGGAGGAGGUCAGAGUGUGUGUAGAGGAGGUCAGAGUGUGUGUAGAGGAGGUCAGAGUGUGUGUAGAGGAGGUCAGAGUGUGUGUAGAGGAGGAGGAGGUCAGAGUGUGUGUAGAGGAGGAGGAGGAGGUCAGAGUGUGUGUAGAGGAGGAGGAGAGUGUGAGGAGGAGGAGGAGGUCAGAGUGUGAGGAGGAGGAGGAUGUCAGAGUGUGUGUAGAGGAGGAGGAGGUUAGAGUGUGUGUAGAGGAGGAGGAGGAGGUCAGAGUGUGUGUAGAGGAGGAGGAGGAGGUCAGAGUGUGUGUAGAGGAGGAGGAGGAGGUCAGAGUGUGUGUAGAGGAGGAGGAGGAGGUCAGAGUGUGUGUAGAGGAGGUCAGAGUGUGUGUAGAGGAGGAGGAGGAGGUCAGAGUGUGA